GAGCAUCUUGGUGUUAUAUCCGUAGUUGUUUAGCUUAGCUUAGCGGUAGCUGACGGGUCCGAAGGUUUACCGCGUCGUUGAAUCUUUGUUGUCUUUUAUUUACAAAGCAUCCAGAUUUCAGAUAAUGGACAGCGAAAUGUCCGACAUGGAACAUGCGCCUGGUCCAGAGACCAGCAGUAUGGAGGGGGAGAACGCCCCGCUGUACUGUAUCUGCAGGAAACCAGACAUUAACUGCUUCAUGAUCGGCUGUGAUAACUGCAAUGAGUGGUUCCACGGACACUGCAUUAACAUCACAGAGAAAAUGGCCAAGGCAAUCCGGGAGUGGUACUGCAUGAGAUGCAGAGAUAAAAAUCCCUUGUUGGAAAUAAAGUAUAGAUCGAAGAAAAGCCGUGACAAAGAUGUUGAAUCUGACAAGAAUGAAAAACAGUACAGCACCCCGAGUACUCCAGACUAUAAGAGUGAAAGGAGAAGGGGAUCAAAAGUGAAGCGCUCAGUUCGUAUGUGUGGUGAAUGUGAACCUUGCAGAAGGACGGAGGACUGUGCCCAGUGUGACUUCUGCAAAGACAUGAAGAAGUUUGGGGGCCCCAACAAAAUCAGACAAAAGUGCAGGUUUCGUCAGUGUGAGGUUCGGGCCAGGAAAAUGUUGCGUGUGAAAGAGGAGGAGUUUUCAUUGCGAGAAAGAAGAGAGAAUUCUUACUACAGACGGAGACAUUAUUCUGAGGACUACGACAGUGAGGCGGAGCUUUACCAACAGUACAAAUCAGCUGGACUCGAUGACAACAUGGCUUGGGGCAGUGAUGAUGACGACGAACCGCCUUUUAGUCCUGUCACACGGAAGAAAGCUGUAAAAGUGAAGCACGUCAAGAGACGAGAAAAGAAAUUUGACAAGAAAAAAGAAUCGCGCCGCCACAAACAGAAGCAGAAACACAAGGACAAAAGCAGACACAGUGAGAAGGGGGAUCUGCGGGACCACGGGGGCCAGCGUCAGUGUCUGGGGCCCAGUUGUGUGGAGGCGGCCCGACCCAGCUCCAAAUACUGCUCUGAGGACUGUGGCAUGAAGUUAGCAGCAAAUCGGAUCUAUGAGAUUCUGCCUCAGCGUAUCCAGCAGUGGCAGCAGAGUCCCUGCAUCGCAGAAGAACACGGUAAAAAGCAGCUGGAGCGAAUCCGUCGGGAGCAGCAAAACGCCCGGCUGCGUCUCACCGACAUGGAGCGACGCUUCCAUGAACUAGAGGGAAUCAUCGCCAAGGCCAAGCAGCAGGCGGUUCAGCAGGACGAAGAGGUGAAUGAAGGCGACAGUGAGGACACAGACCUGCAGAUCUUCUGUGUUUCUUGCAGUCAUCCUAUUAACCCCAAAGUCGCUCUGAGACACAUGGAACGAUGUUAUGCAAAGUAUGAAAGUCAGACGUCCUUCGGCUCCAUGUACCCCACAAGAAUCGAAGGAGCCACUAGACUCUUCUGUGACGUGUACAAUCCUCAGAGUAAGACUUACUGCAAGAGGCUUCAGGUUUUGUGUCCAGAACAUUCCAGAGAUCCCAAGAUUCCAGUUGACGAGGUGUGUGGAUGUCCUCUGGUGAAGAACGUGUUCGAGCUCACAGGGGAUUACUGCAGAGUCUCCAAAAGAAAAUGUAACAAACAUUACAACUGGGAAAAGCUUCGGAGAGCUGAGGUGGACCUGGAGCGGGUCAGGGUGUGGUACAAGUUGGAUGAGCUCUUCGAACAAGAGCGGAACGUACGGACCGCCAUGACCAACCGAGCCGGGCUCCUCGCUCUGAUGUUGCACCAAACGAUUCAGCACGACCCCGUGACAACGGACCUCCGCAGCAAUAAGGACCGGUAGUCUGCCUCUGUGUAGGCCACUGUCAAAACAAAAGACUGAUCCAUGAGACGGUGCAGAGGGUAACUGGACUAAUGCACACAGAUUUUCCAAUUUGAUAAUAUUUUUAAAAAACUCUUUUUAUGAUAAUCAGCUUUGUGUGGUAAAUGGAGCUAUAUUUUCCUCUGUUAAUUGAACUACUGACUAAAACUGCUGUAUUUGACAUGAUCAUUUGAAAUAAACAGCUCAACCCUGAA